CGCACCCACUCUCGCCGGUCUGUGGUGACAUCCAGAUCAGAGUUCCCAAACUAUGGCCGCCAAACAACCCGUCACCAUUCUCGUGCCGUUCUGUUACAGGGCUGUAGACUACAGCACGACAGAAAACCUGCUCUGUACGUAUGAGGGGAUCCCCGUGGAGAAAGUCAUCUUCAGCUAUCUAGAGGAGGGUGAAAGUCUCUUGGAGUACUUCUACCGACUGAAAGAAGUUGUUAUCGACAAUGACGUGGAUGUAGUUCUGGCACUCUCCGACAUGGCUACGCUCGUGCAGUCGGCUCUGGUACGAGAAUUCCCGAGUAGACUCGAAGGGCCGAGUGUGGAGUCGUCGUUCCUCGCCUUUCACAAGGUCUACACCAGGCAGUGUCUGGACCCGGACACCGAUCCUUCGACUCACGGCGUCUUGGACUUGGACUCAAAGACCCUCCUUGAAGAUGCUGAUGUUCUAUUCAAGAGGCUGAAACUUCCUGCCUUUGCAAAGGUUCCUUGCGGAGAUGCCUCCCUGGGGGUUUGGAAGAUCAGCAGCUCCGGUCAGCUGACUGAUGUCCUGGGAGCGGUGGGACGUUUGAACGAAAUGCACUACUCUCAGAACGAACACAUCAGCAGCGCCGCGUUCAUGCGCGACUUCCUACAGAAGGUGCUGGAUGUGAACCACUACCCCAUGGUUCUGAGGGACACCAUUACAGUGGAGCCGUACAUAGAUGCACCAGCAAAGGUGUGUGUGGAGGGAUGUGUCUACAACAAAGAGAUCCUCCACUGGGCCAUCUCUGACAGCCUCCACUGGCCGGGACGGGACAUCCCCUUCCGGGGAAGCUCCAUGCCCUCUACCCUUUCAGAUACGAUCCAGAGGCGACUGUGGGGCGGAUUUGACAAAGUAGUGGGCAGGAUGGUGGACCACGGCUUCAACAACCAGUUCGUUCACGUGGAGUACUUCAUCCUGGCCGACGGACAGAUCAAGCUGAUUGAGGUGAAUGCCCGGAUGUCCCCGAAUUUGAGCGGCCUGUACGCGGCCUGCCUGUCGGGACGGGUGCAGCUACAGGUGCUCCUCGGGCUGUGCUGCGGGGUCCGUCCCGCCCUGCCUGCACCCACGGGCCGGGCCGCUUUCAACCUGCCUCUCCAAGUCCACGACAACUACACGGGGAAGGUCCGAGACAUGGUCAACCUCUCCGAGGUAGAGAUCUUAAAGGGAGACUCGGGCAUCAAGUUUAUUUGGCUCAUGUCUUUGGAUGAUGAGUUUCUCCCUUGUAAUACGCUGUUUGCGAAUCUUUGGACGUACGGAACGACGCCUGACGACGCCAAGAAGAAAUACAGGGAAGUGACACGGCGACUGGUGAAGAAACCGGAGCACUUGAAAUUUAACUUCCUUAAUUAGAUACAAUGAGGCACAUUUCAGCGAAUUGGAAUAAUAAGCUACAGAUUGGGGCUGGUUAGAAAAUAUGACACAAAUACAUUUUUAUCAACACCCCCUUCAAUGAAUUCUAUCAUGAGACGAGUAUUACUUAAACCUUACUUAAAUCACGCUCCUAGCGGCCCAUCCGACUGACCGGCUGACGGGAUAGAAUAGUAACCUUACUUAUAUAGACAAAUCGAAGAAAAUGUUUUGUAUCUUUAUGUAUUACUAGUAUCUUACACAGCUUUACCACUAUAGUGACUUCAUUCUAUAGUCAUGCACCAAUAUACAACACUUAAAAGCUAUGUACAUGUACCAAUGUUAUUAUCUUUCGGUAAGGCCAGUUUAGGCCACACUGGUUGGAUAACUCGGAUUGCAUUAUUUGGCCACUGAAACUAAUGCGAGAAAAGGGUAAGAAGUUGCAUUCAUUGUGAAAUCUAAGUGGUCAGGAAGAUUUUUUUGUGUAAUUUAAUAGAAUAUUGUUAUAGCUAACUGAUGAAUGUUCAUUGUAUGGUGAUGGAAGCUUCUUGGAUGUUUUCUUCUCGGUACUAAACUUUAUUAUAUAGGUAGCAAUGCAGCUGGUAAAGUGCACAAUAUACAAUAAACAAUAUAAAAAGAGUUACCAUGCAGAGUAAAAAUGCGUUAACAGAUAACGUUACAUGUACAAUACAGUACAGGCAGUUGGUGUGUAGGAAAUUGAAGGUUAAAUUCCAUUCUAAAUUAUCUACAGAGUCGAUGUCUUCUAAUCAGUAGCGUUUGUUUCUUUGUUGUUUAUUGAUUCGCACAACAGAAAUAUCACACAAAAAAUGUACAAAAAUUGAAUUAAAAAAACAAUAACAACUGAUGA